CAACUCAAACACAAUGGGUUCAAGUUCAAUCAUUUGGUCUCUUCUAUUAGCUUUUGCUCUUAUCUCUCCCUUUAGUGUCAAUGCACAAGGACCUGCCGCUUCACCAGCAACCUCCACCAUCAGUACUCCUCCUCCAACCACCACUGCUCCACCUCCAACCACCACUGCUCCUCCUCCAACAACCACUUCUCCACCUCCAACAACCACUGCUCCGCCUCCAACAACCACCGUUCCGCCUCCAACCACCACCGCUCCGCCUCCAACAACAGUUGUUCCCCCCGUUUCAGCUACUCCGCCACCAGCAGUUACUCCAACUACACCUCCACCAGCUCCAAAGGCUGCACCAGUAAUCAGUCCAGUAACUCCGCCUCCACAACCACCACAAAGCCCGCCAGUUUCAGCUCCAACAGUCUCACCACCGCCUGCACCGGCCUCUCCCCCACCAGCACCAGCUUCUCCACCACCAGCACCAGUACCAGCUUCACCGCCUCUAGCGCUUACACCAAUAACUCUACCACCAGCACCAGCUCCUGCCAAGCACAAGAAAAAGCACAAACACAAGAGGCAUCACCACGCCCCAGCUCCAGCACCAAUUCCCCCAAGCCCUCCAUCUCCUCCAGUUCUUACAGAUUCCCAGGACAAUGCUCCAGCACCAUCACCAUUUCAGAACGCGAACGGAGGAAAUGCCUUGAACCAGCUACAAGGAAGAGUAGGAAUGUGUCUCAGCACCGUACUGGGAACUCUCCUCCUCCUCCUGGCUAUUACAGCCUAAAGUUUCUAGCUUUCUUACCUAUGUAUCACUUGAAAAGCUACAUUUUUCCCCCAUUGUAUACGAACACAUUAAUUCAAAAAAUAAUACAAUUUUUUUUCUCUA